UUCUUUGUAUGAAUUUUUACAUGGAUGUGUCGAUGAUCUAUUACAAAAACAAAGCCCUAACUUCGAGAACUACAAAAAUAGAGACAUCGAAUGGACCGAAGAAGACUUCGACAGAACCCGAGCCUAUAUACAAAACUUGUAUCGCCAAAGUGUUAUAGACGAUACUUUGGAUUUACCUAAAGACUUAACCACCGAUCUACAAGAAGCAAUUACACGUUGUUACACAAUUAGGAAAAACGAUAUUUUCCAAGCAUUAGCGAAAGAAUUUAUUUUGCAGGACGGUCAUAAUUUAGUGAAUAAUAUCGACUGGAGAUUGAAAUGGGUUCUAGGAACUUCAGAUUUGGCCGCGCUACAAGAACCUCGGCUUCAAGUUGACUUACACUGUAGCAAUAAAAUCGGAGAUAAAGUGAAUAGAAACGUUUUGAAUUUCGAGGCAAAUUUGGAACAAAUCGAUGGUUUAAUUAGUGAUUUAAGUAAAUUACAAAGAGAGUUUCAGUAAGGUUUUUAUAAUUAUAAUUGUUGAUUUAUUCGUUAAUUGUAAAUUUUUAUUAAAUGCAAUGGUUCACAGCAAACGUAAAAGUAAUGUAAGUUAUAAUAAAGUUUUGUAC